CAAGUUAUUUCGUGAAAAUUUUCUUCAGUUUACUGACGGAUAGAAGUUUCGUUCGUUCGUUGUAUCGAUUUUUUGAGUGAAGUGAACUAGUGUUCGUGUCCUUUAGUUUAGUGACGUUCGUUAAGAAAAUAUCUGUGAAUGGGAUUGUGUAAUAAGAUAAAACCUUUAUUUGGUGUGUGAUUUUCUGUAGAGGAUGACGAAGGACAGGUUUGCGGCGCUACAAGCGGCGCAAAGCGAUGACGAUGACGUUGGGCCAGAUGAUGUCAACGUCGCCGUCGAGGGCGGCUACAUGGACGAGUUCUUCAGUGAGGUGGAAGAGAUACGGGAGAUGAUAGAUAAGAUUCAGGCUAACGUCGAGGAGGUAAAGAAAAAGCACAGUGCCAUUCUAUCGGCCCCCCAGUCAGAUGAAAAAACAAAGCACGAGUUAGAAGAUCUCAUGGCCGAUAUCAAGAAAACUGCGAACAAAGUUAGAGGAAAGUUAAAACACAUAGAGCAAAACAUCGAACAGGAGGAGCACUCGAACAAAUCCUCAGCGGAUCUGAGGAUAAGAAAGACUCAGCACUCGACGCUCUCUCGUAAGUUUGUCGAGGUCAUGACUGAGUACAACCGUACGCAGACGGAUUACCGAGACCGGUGCAAAAAUCGGAUACUCCGGCAGCUCGAGAUCACCGGCCGUGCCACUACUGACGAUGAGCUGGAGGCGAUGCUGGAGCAGGAUAACCCGGCUGUGUUUACUCAGGGGAUUAUAAUGGAGACGCAGCAGGCGAAGCAGACCCUCGCCGACAUCGAGGCGAGACACGCUGACAUCAUCAAGCUGGAGACCUCGAUCCGUGAGCUCCACGAUAUGUUCAUGGAUAUGGCCAUGUUGGUCGAAAGCCAGGGUGAGAUGAUCGACCGCAUUGAGUAUCAUGUUGAACACGCUGUGGACUAUGUCCAAACGGCCACGCAGGAUACAAAGAAGGCCCUAAAAUAUCAGAGCAAAGCUCGACGGAAAAAAAUCUUCCUCAUAAUAUGCCUGUCAGUUACGCUGGUAAUAUUAAUAAUAGUGCUAGCUGUUGUGCUGAAAUAGUUCAACGGAGCUCUGACGUGAUCAACGAACAAUCUAGUGAAACUGUACGCUGAGGCGUAUUCUAAAACGUGUAUCUCUCCUGAGUCGGCAAUACAUGUUGGAAUACGGGCAAUCGAUAGUGCUUUGCAAUUUCGUUAAUUUUCAUUCAAUUGAAGUAAUCCCCCGAACUAGUUGAUAAAAAAGUGAUUUUGUAUUAAGCCAUGCUACGUACAAUAGUGUGAACGGAGUUGACAUUGAAUUAAUGAUUAUAAAAGGCCGGCAACGCACUCACCUCUGGCAUGGACGGCAUCACUUAUCACGUGAGCCUCCUAUCUGUUUGCCGUGUGUACUUAAAAAUGCGUACAUGAUUCCGCUUAUCAAACAUAAAAAAAGAUAAUAUUUUUUUAUCAUUUAUACAUUAAUUCAAUGUACUAUGUAACGCUCUAAAGUUCGACCGUGACGUCAUCGUUUUACUUUGAACGGAUAACGCCACGGAUUUCAAAGGCGUGAUUUUCGCUUAGUGCGCUAAAUUAAUUUGGUCUUUACAAUUAAUGCUACAUUUUAAGACAAUACGUGUAAAGUGCAAUAAAUGAAAUUGUACUUCUAAGUGUAUAUAGUGUUUAUGUAAAUAUUGUCUCGUGUGGAGCAUAAACUUUGUUAAUAGACCUGUUAUUUCUUUCUAUUGUUUCGUGUAUUAUAUUUCAGAUUUGGGUUUUUAUACAUUAUUAUAGCGUUUAUUAUCAUUAGUUUUCAUUAAAAAUACAAUUCGUUAGAAUUCUUGUUUUGUCCCUAUCUCUUUUCGUACUUGGCAAGUGAGUAAACAAAGACAACGCAUUCUACUAAAGCUUUCAAGUUUAUGGAAACCCAAAGCUGGGACAUUCGAAACUUUAACUGCUAUUAUAACUUUGCAUUUAAUAUUUCUAAUUGUUCCUUAUUUUUGAUAUGAUUACUUGAGAUCACAACCAGUAUUCUUUAAUUUUAGAUAUAUUAAUGCACAUUAUAAGUUUGAAGUGACUUCAAUUUGAUUAAAAUAUAGUGGACUUAAAAAUGGCCAUAGUUUAAUUGGUUCUAAAAAACAUACUAUAAGCCUCAAUUAGUUAAAUAAUGUCUUUGAAUGAGAGCGAUGGGCAUAUAUUUGAGGCAUAUUGUACUUUAUGAGUCAGACAAAUUUGAAGUCACUAAGUAUGUACUUACUAAUACAAUUACUUUAGACUGUUAUUUAUUAAUAUCGGAAUGUUUAUUUCAGUAUUUUGUUCCUAUUCGGUUGUUAUAGGAACGCAGUUGACUUUUUAAUUAAAUUGCGUAGUCUAUGAUUUGAAAAAUGUUGUAAGAACUUUGAUGUUUUGUUGCCAGUUUAAAAAUGUUUGUCAUGUUUGAUGUUAUCUUCGCAUUUAAUUGUAUUAAUUAAUAAUUAUUAUAGUACAUUUUGUAGUUACGAAGCGCACAUGUACGUUAUAUCAUAUUGUUGCUAGUUAAAAAAAUCUGUGAUUUUUUUAUUGUUAGUAUUUGUAAUCGCAUAUGUUUUUCUCUGUGUUCCGUAUACGAAUAAUUUAAAAGCGAACUUCAUUUUAAUGUUUACUAUUUGCGGGUACCCUUCAUGACUGUGGAAUUUAUUAAGUUACGAGGGCUCAUUUGUUAAUAAAGAUACAAACUAUGUAAUAACAAAGUGCUUUUGCAAAAUGAGGGUACUUCUUGCAUUACAUUGAGGGUAGUAUCAAAAAAUAGCAAUCAUUCAAAUGAGACCUCUACAAUCGAACAACAAAUGUAAAUAUGUUAAUAUUGAGAAUUACAUUUAUUUAUUUUA